GCGCAGCACUAUGGUAAUGUUCGAAGGAAUGAUCUCGCCCCGGUCCAUUGCACGGAUGUAGCCGCGAAGAUCUCAGGCCCGCUACGGCCAAACCGGCGCAUGCGGACCCUGUGAAAAAUACUCAUAGCAGCAAGGUAGUAUAUUGGAAACGUUAAAAGGAAAUGACGGACUUCCGCGUGCACGGCGAAAAACGGAUUCCUGCUCAGCACCAUAUACAAAUACUGUUAUCAAGACAGCAUGAGCAAACGGCCAAAAAUCCACAUCUUUCUUGGGGCUCCUGCCCCCACAUCUGCAUUUGAAGCCCCGGUGGAGGUAAGCAGUCGUCCCUCUGUCCGCUGGAACCAACUCGAGCUAACUUGGAAGGAGGGGAAGCUUAGGCCUGCAACAGGUGAAUUGCCUCUGGACGAGGAUGAAGCUGACCAAUCCCAGACCAGGUCAAGAGGUCAGGAGGAUUGGACGAAGACUGAAGCUGAGAAUCUUAUCAGGCAAGGAGCGUCUGGCUCUAAGGAGGGGGGUGCGUGUUUGGGGUCUUUGCAGGAGUAUCUGGACUAUUGUUUUCCUGCAGCUCAGCCAGAGCCGAAAGAACCAGAUCAAUGUUUGGCCGCCCCUGUACCUCCCCCUUUGUCCACCCGGACUCACUACCUGAGCACCUGGACCUUGAGUCAGGCUCUGAUGCUGAGAGGCAGGCACGGCGACCAAUCAGCAGGCAGCCCUAAAAAAUCCCAGCCAAAACAAUCCCAAGCCCCUCCCACCGAUUCCUCCAACAGCCCUGAACUCUUUAGCCCUGCAACUCCAUCACCAGGCUGCUCCUCUGAGCUCUUCAGCCCCAGCUGCUCAACACAGAGGGUGGAGACUGGAGGCAUUGUCCUUGAAGUUACCACAGAUGGCAUUCUCUGUUCUCAAGAGACCUCUACCCGUGACCCCCCAACAGAGAUUCCAUGCAACAAAAGACCCCUGAUCUCUGACGACUCUGGGUUAGAAGCAGCUGGACUCCGGAAUCGCACCACACCUUUGGACAGGUGUGUCCGGGUGGGGGCAUGCUUCUCUGUCCUGGUGGUGGUGGUGCACCCGUGCCACUUGAAGGAAGUCAAGGUGAAGUCUGGCCCGUCAGCCGGGACCCUGGUUCCUCUGGCCUCCAUUGUGGUGACAGACCAGUCAGAGCUGGACAUGAAGGUGGUGCUGUGGAGGCGGGCUGCGUUCUGGGCGCUGACAGUGACCCCUGGAGACCUCCUGCUCAUCACAGGUCUGAAGGUGACGGAGGACAGGUGGAGAGGAGAGACGGUGCUUCAGUCCACCUUCAGGAGCAAACUCCUUAACGUUGGCCACGCCUCCUCACCACCGCCAGUUUCCCAGCAUGUUGAUACACGCUCGCUCACUUCCCUCUGCACCUUUCUAAGGAAGCGACGCCCCCUUCUGGUGUCUCUGCCUAGCCACACCCCUCAGGAUCUGAACCGCCUCUCCUACGCCUCCCUGAGGGCUCUGAGAGUCAACACACUGGUUAACGCGCUGCUGUUUGUAACACAAAAACACCUCAGCUCAGAGUUGCGCAGUGAGGCUGUGUCUUGCAGCAGGUCUGCGGUUGAGCUAAAGGCUGUUCUCACUGUCGAGCAGCCAGGUGGCCAGCAGGGGGUGCUGCUGCUGUGGGGAGCAGCUGUGGCCUGGCUGCCCCAAUUCAGCAAAAACAAAGCUGUGUGGGACUUCCACAAUCUCCUAGUGAGGGAGGGGCUGACCUCUGAUCUCCCAGAGCUCCACUCUACUCCCUGGAGCUCCGUCCGGGCUUUGGACCCAACCGACCGGCGCCUGCUGGACUUCCAGCGGCUGCAUCAGUCCAGAGCCAGUCCCCCCCUGGAGCUGGACGUGGACACACUGCUGUCCCAGAAGUACAGUGGUGAGGUGGAGCUGAGAGUCCAGGUGGUCACCUUUCACUUUCAGAGCGCGCCACAGUUGGUUCUGGACAGCUCUGCGACUCUGGCUGCUGUCAUGGCGACACUGGGUGAUGACAUCACUUACACUGGCUGUGGUCGCUGCUCCACUGAGCUUAACACAGACGCCAAUGGUAUAUAUGGCCCGUGCUACCCCUGCCUGCCGCACACGGCGGUGCGCCGCUUCUACAGACCAGGUGUGCUGACAGUGAAGGGAGGGGAUCACAGCCAGCUGCGUGUGCAGGUUCCUCCAGUUCCCCUGCAGAAGAUCCUCCAAGCUCCUCCUGACAAACUGCAGAGGAGUUCAGCUCCAGGCUCGGAGGUGAAGUUCAUUCAUGUUGCAGCUGAGCAGAUCAAGAGCCUCCUCUCCUUACCCCGGAAAACCGUCAUCGUCACACUGCGCAGCCACUUCCUGUGCGACGAGAACAGCAUCCCCAUCACACAGAGCUUCACGCUGCUUGAUCUUCAGUUCCCUACAUGAAGGACUCGAGACUUUCUGAUGCAGGAAACUCCAGGAUCUUCAGCACGAGGCACAGUUCAGAAUGGAGGCAGUUUGUAUUUGCUUUGCAGGAAUAUUAGUCUAAUUUCUAACUAAACUAACUCGUGUCUUAAAUUACACACAAGUUUAUCUAGAUGAAAAUGAGACAAAUAUCUAUGGUAAGGUUUAAGAUUUAACAGGAACAUAAAUCUCUUAUUAAAGAUUCACUUUUUACUGAAGGUCAAAGAAACCAAAAACUUCAAAAGGUCUUUAACUUGGUAAAGGUUAAUGAGAAAAAAUGUAGAUCUUUGUUUAAACACAAAUUUUUUAUUUUUGUCUAACAAUUAAAAAACAACAAUGGUUUGUUUUUGACUCACAACUUUGCUGAAUAGUAUAGAUAUGUGCAGUGAAAAAUCGUGCUUGCACUGUGCGGCCUUAAUUAUUUCCCUUUCUGAAACCCGAGGUGCUCGCGACUCCUAGGCACACUCUUAUACACACUCUUAAAUACUUUUAGGUGACUUUAGACCCGGGUCAGAACAUUUGUGAUUCCAGGAGUAGAAUUUACUACAUCUUUGACAUCGAUUUGACCAGGAUUAUUGUUGUGAACAGGUUUUAUUGUUGGUUGUUAACAGAAUCAGGAUCCAUCACCUAAUCUAAUUGAGCCCUCUGCCUCACCCAAACAUUUAAAUGUCUCUAAUAAUAUCUGUUUUGAUUUGACUUCGGUGAUGUUAUACAAGUAUAAACUUUACGUCGGUAAACUUUAACUGAUGUUAAAUUGAACAGAAACAUGGACAGAAAGUGCGAGUCUCCAUGAAGCCUUAAUGAAAGACUCAUCUCCCUUCUGGAGGGGUGUCAUAACUUUCUGUCCAAACUGUAAAUGUCAGCAGCUGUCAGUGGAGCCUGGUCAAUCCAUUUGUUCUGAUCAAUCAGGGCAGAGAAGUCUCAAAAUACAAUUCAAAGAAGCCUCGAGGUCUUCACAUUUCAGCACAAGCAGGUUCUUGUCCGGAUGAGCUUUUACUUCUCCACGGAGGUUUCUGCAGCCACCUCCAUGAGAUCUUCCAGGAGGUCUGAAGCAAAUAAAAGGGGACAUCAGAUCAGAGUUUUGGAAGUGAAAAGUUGGAGAAGCUGCAGAGCUCUUACCUCUGUCAGAAUCAACAACCUGUCCUGUGCUUUCUUCACCUCCAAUUUCUCCUUUUUCUCCCUCGUGGCGUCCUCCUCCACUUCCUGCUGAUCCCGGCUCAGCGAAGAGACCAUCAAAUCCUGAUUGCUUCUGCUUCACUUUCUCAUUGUCGUCAUCGUGUUUGUGAAAGACCUUUGAGAAGAACCCUUCAUCGUCCUUUUUCUUGUCGUCUCCAAAUGAGAACAUCCCGCCUUCUUUCUCCUUUUUUUCUCUGUCCUUGUCGCCUCCAAAGGACAUGAAUCCUCCUCCUUUUUUCUCCUUUUUUUUGUCCUCGACGCCCAGAGAUUUCUUCACCGCCCCCUCCACCAUGUCUCCUGCACCAUGAACAUAAAGGAUUUGUUACAUUUUGAACUUCAGGUUCAUGUGCCAUGGAUUUUUGUAAGAGAAUGGACACCACAGCCAAUAAACUGAUAUAGAUUUUUUUUUUUUAACAGUGAAAGUGUUCACUUGUUUCUCGUUUUGGGUUCUCCUUUCAGGGGAAUCACCCCAACAUUCACACAUGAGAUUUGGCUUAAGAUCCUGACCAAACCCUCUACAUGUACCUUGACUUUAUCAGAUUCACUUACUACUCCCUAACCCCUUAAAUAGUUUAUGGUACGGGACUAUCAAGUGCCCUGGAUUUCAAUGUCAUUUGCACACUUUUUUUUCCAAGUUAAAUAUAAUAUAAUCUAUUUGUUAAAGUAAGACCUUAGAAAAUAUGAACAUUUUGGAAAGGCUAUGAAGGUGAUGAUGAGAACUAGGAUGAUUUUAAAAAUAUAAUCUCUAUCAGUGUCCUCACAACACCCCCCCCCCCAUGUCCUCCUUUACUAUGUCCAUGAACAUUCCCUUUGGCCUUCCUGUAGACGUCUUUCCUGGUAACUCCAACCUUAAUAUCCCUUUGUUAGCAUCAACACUGUUCCUCCUCUAAACAUGUCUGGACUGUUUUCUUCUUCUGCCUCUUGUAGUUUAAAUGGGGUGAAGCACCAACGUCCAGGUGCAAUUCUGUCACUUACUGUAGGAGUGUGAGUCAAGAGUGUGGGAAUACCUAACUAGUCUGAUUAAAAAAAAAAAAAAAAAACAAGGAAAAAACCUAAAACCUAUGUUUUCCUCAACAGUCAAGUUCUCCUCAAAAAAC